AUGGACAGAAUAGCCCCGGAGAUACUGUACAUCGUUUGCUCAUUUCUGAGUGUCGACGACAUUAUCAACUUCCGCCUCGUCACCAAGUCCUUCGCCGACAUUGGAGCCGCUUACAUGCUACCCGAGGUCACCUUCUUUAUGCACGGAGAGGAGCUGGAGCGGUUACGAGCCAUCUCACUACACCCGGUCUUUUCUCGGAAUAUAUGCUCUCUGACAUAUUUCGCCCAGGCGCUGGACUACCCGAAGGUCUCCUUCCACGAGUUCCGGAGGGACCACAAGCGGGAGCUGAGAUGGAAUUCGAAGCUGAAGAAGCUGAACCUGUCAUUCCACCAGUUGAUGGACGAGUACAGGAAGUAUGAGAGUGCUGCCGAUGAGCAGACCGCCAUCAUGAACGGCAAGCUCGAUAUUCAAGUGCUGCAAGAGGUGCUGCCGAGGCUCACAAGUCUACAACGCAUGACCAUGUCCGCCGGCAACAUCUUCUAUGAGGGAAGGGUCAAAAAGAACCCGCGACACAAACCUAUGGAGGAUAUCAUGCGGGGAAACAACAGCUUGGCCGCCCUCAAUCCAGAGGGUGCGCGUCCGCUCGAGGCGUUGUUAAAGGCGAAUGCCGACGUCAAGUGCGCCUUGAAGAGUCUCCGUGCAGGCACCCUGCACUGGAGGUUCUUCAAACGGAGUGCAGCAGAGCUGAUGCGAAUGUUCAAGCCACUGUCUGGUCUAUGGUCAAUCGAGUUCAUCAUCAGCGUCGAGCCGGCAGACGAGAGAAGACACGAGAGCAACUCGGCUGGCAAGUGCCGACGGGUGCUGGCCAAGGGGGCUCUGAGAAACAUAUUCAAGUCCAUGACGGAACUCCGAUCCCUCUGUGUUGAGAUCGAUUCUAUGGAAUGCGAGGAUCUGGAUAAAGGAGCAGGACUGGAGCACCUGAUCGAACCAGGGUUCAAAUGGCCUCAUCUACGGGAGCUGGUCAUCGGUGGCGUCGAUUGCGACAGGCAAGAACUGAUGAAUGUCUUGGAAACACACAGCAGCACGCUUCAACGGCUCUGCUUGAGGGACAUAUGCCUCAUAUCAACCUCGUGGAAGAAGCUGCUUCCGGAAAUCAGAAAGAAUAUGUUCCUGGUCGAAGCAUGCAUUUGCGGUGACUUGUACGGUCGGGACGAGGACGGGGAGGAGCCGAACGAUCCAUUCUGGACGACUGGGCAUCUUGGGCCAGAUCUUGAAUACUGGGACUUGUCGGUCCCGGAGGUUGGCGACCACGAGAUGAGAGACUCUAUCAAUGUCUACUGCCGAUUCGGUGGUCACCUCUAUCCCGACGAGGUCCCUCUUACGGAGGAAGUGGUGGACAAGUAUUACGACGAUCACGUCAAGGGUCUUUUCGAAGACAGCGAUCUCGAAGACGACGAGUCCGAUCUCGACUCAUUAUACCUUGAUGGGCUGGGCAGUACGGACAUCUCGGACAGCAGCCAAGACGGCUGGGAGGAUGUCGAUAGCGAUGAGGAGAUCAGCGAUGACCUCGAGAACUCCAAUACUGAAGACGCAAGCUCAGAGGAAUUUGGACUAGCCGUUGGGAUGAGCGACUUGGAAGACGCGGGCACAGACGAGAAUGGAGUAGCCAUUGGGAUGGUAGAGAGCGACUCGGACGACGCAACUGAUGAAGAAAUGGGGAGCGACAGUGAUGAGUGA